AUGUUUGGGUCUCCAUCGUUCCAGUAUGUUGCUGUUCAUGUGGUUCCCGACCAGCAGAUGACAUUCGCUGGUACAGCUGAUCCAUGCGGUGUUGGCGUAUUGAAGUCCAUCGGAGGUAUCGGUGGAAAACAGAACAAUGAGCAUGCUAAAGCAUUGUUUGCACUGAUCAAGGAUCAUCUUGGAAUUGAAGGAAAUAGGAUGUACAUCGAGUUUGUGGACCUUGGUGCCAAUGACAUCGCUCACAAUAGCAAAACAUUCGGUUGA